AUGGCUGGGUUCAAACUCUCGGCAGGCGUUGGCCUCCUCGGCCUCGCUGCUAGAUCGCUUGCCGUUCCCGCUCCCAUCUACUCGGAGCCCACCACCACCUUCUCGGUCCCCAAGAUCACGGCAGUGGUCGAGCCCGUUACCGAUGUAACUUCUCAUGGUACCUACACAGGACCUUCACCCCUUACCACCGGCGCCUUGUCGACUUCAGUCCUUGCUCCAUCAGUUCCAGCUCUUCCCCCAGGGCCAGACGCUUACAAGUACCCGAGUGAUGGGCAACUUCACGCUCCUCAGCCUGCCCCUUACACUCCGGCUGGCGGUGUCGGCACCAACGGCUCUGCUCCCGUUUACAGAGUGCUUUCCGACUUCGACUACCAGUCCAUUGCCCUGGCCCUUCACCAGGAAUGGAUUGAGCUCGAUCUCUUCCACUGGGGUCUCGCCACAUUCUCAGUUGAGGACUUUGAGGAGGCCGGUCUCACUGCUGAAGACCGUCACUUGAUCGAGUUCAUGGCCGACCAGGAAGUUGGCCACGCUACUCUCCUCAGCAACAUCCUUGGGCCCUCUGCCCCCAACCAGUGCACCUACAACUACCCUGCCACCAACGUGCACGAGUUCAUCGACUUCUGCCAGAAGUUGACUCGCUACGGUGAGUCCGGUGUCUACGGCUUCCUCAACCACCUCAACGCCCACGAUGUCGGCCAGCUGCUGCUGCAGUCCAUCACCACCGAGGCUCGUCAACAGAUGAUCUUCCGCCAGUUCGAGGGUCUCUUCCCCAUGCCCGAAUGGUUCGAGGUCGGCAUUCCUCAGUCCUGGGCCUGGUCUCUUCUCGCUCCUUACAUUUCUUCGUGCCCUGAGAACAACACCCGUCUGAUCUGGCAGAACUACCCUGCCCUCAACAUCCUGAACCAGCCCAACCCGUUCCGCAUCAACGGCUCUUACGUGUGGAACGAGACCACGGACGGCGGCUACGCCAACACGGCCUCGUACCAGGACAUUGACGAGAGCGAUGACUGCACCAAGUCGACGGACGUCGGCGCCUCGUGCGCCCCCGGCAUCACCCGCAACCGCUCCAUGCCCCUCUCGUACCCCGGCCGCCAGGUCUUCCUCGAGUGGGACGAGCCCGGCAAGCCCAUCGGCCCCAACAACUCGUAUGUUACCGACACUCAGGCUGGUGCUCCCAAGUUCGCGGCUUGGGUCUCGCAGCUUAACGUCACGUACUCGCCUCUGGAGAACAUCCAGGGCAACAGCGCCUACACUGUCCAACCUGAUAUCAGCUCCUUUGAUGGUAACCCGGCUAUCAACGGUACGAUCUUCCUUGUCUUGACUGAUGAGGAUCUGUAUGUUACUCCGUACAACUUGACGCAGCUGAACCCUCACGUUUAUGCUGUUGGCAUGUACCAGUCUGGUUAA